AUGCUUGACAAAAUGGGAGCAAUGAUGGUUCUCCCGUUGCUCCCAUACAUCGCCACGGAGAUGCACGGCUCUGCAAUCGCCGUUGGCUUGAUGCAAUCGCUUUACAGUUUGAUGCAGGUCUUCGGGACCAUGGUGUUAGGCGUGCUGUCUGACAGCGUGGGGAAGCGAAGGACUCUUUUGAUUAGCCUCUUCGCAAGCAGUAUAUUUCUUUUAGCAUGCGGACUUGCAGUGCACUCCUCAGCGAGGGCCUGA